AACUCUGUUUUUCGAAUUACUCACUUGGAAAUUUCAAUCUUUUAUCCCAAAGAUUCGAUCUUUUCUUCGGAAUUUGAUAGAAAGAAGAAAAGAGAAGAUUUUUGAAGAAAGAUCGAAGAAAAAUGCAGGAUCCAGCAGCUUAUUACCAGACGAUGAUGGCGAAACAACAACAACAACAACAACCACAAUUUGCAGAGCAAGAACAGCUAAAGUGUCCUCGUUGUGACUCACCAAACACUAAAUUCUGUUACUACAACAACUACAAUCUCUCACAGCCUCGUCACUUUUGCAAAAGCUGUCGUCGUUACUGGACUAAAGGCGGCGCUCUCCGUAACGUUCCCGUCGGUGGUGGUUCUCGCAAGAACGCAACCAAACGAUCCACUUCUUCUUCUUCAUCUUCUCCUUCUUCGAACAGUAGCCAAAACAAGAAGACGAAAAACCCGGAUCCGGAUCCUGAUCCACGUAAUUCACAAAACCCGGAUAUAGAUCCGACCCGGAUGCUUUACGGGUUUCCGAUCGGUGACCAAGACGUGAAAGGUAUGGAGAUUGGUGGAAGCUUUAGCUCGUUGUUGGCUUCUAAUAUGCAGCUUGGUCUUGGAGGAGGGAUCAUGCUUGAUGGGUCGGGCUGGGAUCAUCCGGGUAUGGGUUUGGGUUUGAGAAGAACCGAACCGGGUAAUAAUAAUAAUAACCCGUGGACCGAUCUUGCUAUGAACAGAGUGGAGAAAAACUGAAGAAACAAAGAAGAGAGGGGUAUUUUGGUAAAUUAUGCAAACUGAUUUUGGGUGACUCAAGCCAUCACGUAGACAAUGAACAGUUUCGAUCAUG